UCAAUUCACUCACUUCCUGCCCGUGCACAAAAGUAACGUCAUUAGAAACCCCUUGUUUCCGAACAUGCCUUCUUUCAGGCAACGGCUAUUUCUUCGCAAACAUGCCACUCGCAAAAGACUUGUUACACCCAUCCCCUGAUGAGGAGAAGAGGAGCCACAAGAAGAAGCGUCUUGUCCAGAGCCCAAACUCCUACUUCAUGGAUGUUAAGUGCCCAGGAUGUUACAAGAUCACAACGGUGUUCAGCCACGCCCAGACAGUUGUGCUGUGUGUGGGUUGCUCCACAGUUCUGUGUCAGCCCACUGGAGGCAAAGCACGUCUCACAGAGGGGUGCUCUUUCAGGAGGAAGCAGCAUUAGUUGUACUUCUGAUGCCCCGGUAAAAAUGUAAGAGAGGAGGGGUUGGACAUGUUGAUUUCAGCGACUCCAGCCUUGAUACUGCAUCCAAGAAAGAUUGAUCCAAAAGUGCUCAUGAUGCCUGGACACCAGAUGGGAUUACUCAUUCAAUGUGAUAGUCUACUUUGUUGCAGUAACUGAACUCUUCAACCAAUCUCUUUUAAUACAAUUGUUUUGGCUAAAGAA